CAGACAGGAUGCUGGUAAUCGCGAAUGUGUAGGUGACACGUCCGAUAAUUCUUUCUGACAGUCUGUUAUUUGCCGAAGAUCGUAAGUCUAUGGGUACUCACAGGGAUGGUGAAAAGUAAUGCUGCAGUUUAUAUUACAACAUUACGUGUUGUUAUUGUCUGGUAUAUCGUUUCGACAGUUGUUUCGUUGGAAACAAAAAACUGCCAUUUCGAUAAAAAUAAUCACCCUCACGACAUUUUUCUUCAUAAACCUGGCCUUUACGAUAAAAAAUAUGGUGUUUUUACCGAACAGAUGAGGUUAGACAUGUUGGACGAAAUAAAAAAUAUGUUUCGGUUUGCCUACGAUGGUUAUAUGAAAUUUGCCUUUCCUAAAGAUGAACUUAAUCCAAUUGAUUGUAUUGGAAGAGGACCAGAUUAUGAAAAUCCGUCCAAUAUCAAUAUAAAUGAUGUACUAGGAGAUUAUAGUUUGACCUUGGUAGAUACUUUAGAUACACUUGCUAUAAUGGGAAACCAUAGUGAAUUCAAACAAGCUGUGAGGCUAAUCAUUGAUCAUGUUUCCUUCGAUAAAGAUAAUACUGUACAAGUAUUUGAAGCAACUAUCAGGAUUUUAGGUGCUCUCCUUUCUGCUCAUUUAUUAAUAGUUGAUAAUGAACAGCCUUUCGGAGAUUUAGUUCCUGAAAAUUAUAAUGGUGAAUUGUUAGAGCUGUCUCGAGAUUUGGCAAAUAGGCUUUUACCAGCAUUUCAAAAUACACAAACAGGACUUCCUUAUCCACGAGUUAAUCUUCGUCGUGGAGUUCCAGAAGAUAGUGUUACACAAACAUGUACAGCUGGUGCAGGAUCACUUCUUUUAGAGUUUGGAAUGCUCAGUAGAUUAUUAAAUGAUUCUAUUUAUGAAGUUUAUGCACGCAAUGCUAUUAAAGCUUUGUGGCAAUUCCGUGCCAAAAACACUGGUUUAUUAGGAAAUGUGAUAGAUGUGCAGACAGGAGAAUGGAUUGGACGAAUGAGUGGUGUUGGUGCUGGUUUAGAUUCUUUUUAUGAAUAUUUACUUAAGGUAUAUAUUUUAUUUGGAGAAAAAGAAGAUUUUCAUAUGUUUAAUGAAAGUUAUGACAUUAUCAAGAGAUACUUGAGGAAAGGCCGUCCACACUGCAAUAAAGGUCAUGGUGAGCAUCCACUUUAUGUGAAUGUAAAUAUGCAUGAUGGGUCGACUCUCACACUUUGGAUUGAUUCAUUACAAGCUGCCUUUGCUGGUGUUCAGGUUCUUAAUGGGGAUAUUGAAGAAGCAAUUUGUGCACAUGCACUAUAUUAUGCAAUCUGGAGACGUUUUGGUGCAUUACCUGAACGUUUCAACUGGCAGAAAAUUAGCCCAGAUUUAUCAUUCUAUCCUCUCCGUCCUGAACUUGUAGAGUCAACUUAUUUAUUAUACCAAGCAACAAAAAAUCCAUUCUAUUUUCAUGUAGGAAGAGAUAUUAUAUACAGUUUAAAUAAUUAUACCAAAGCAAAAUGUGGUUAUGCAACUAUACAUAAUGUCCAAGAUAAAAGUCUAGAAGAUCGAAUGGAAAGCUUCUUCUUAAGCGAAACAUGCAAAUAUUUAUAUUUAUUAUUUGAUGUGGAUAAUCCAGUCAACAAGAUGGCAAUAAACUAUCUUUUUUCAACGGAAGGUCAUAUUUUUCCAAUUCACUGGAAGUAUCGUACAGAUAAAUUUGAAAUGUUGGGUAGACCAAACAAAAAACCAGUUAUAGAAGAUAAAGUAAAUUUGAUAUCCAAAAAUUCAAAAUCAGUUAACAGUACUCAAUUAAAUUGUGACAAGAUUCCUGAAGAAAGACAGUUUUUCCUUCCCCUGAAGCCUCAGUAUCUACUACAAGUGAGUCGAGCAAUAGGACUUGAUAAUUAAACAAUUCAGUCAUAUAAAUGACAGAAAUGCAUUUUGGCUUUUAAAUUCUCUCUGGUAACAUUCCACAUUGAGCGGCCAUAUCAUUCGUUAAGCGGAUGUGAGAAUGAUUAUUUUAUAUCUUGUAAUUUAAGAAUUUAAAAAUGCCAUAUGUUAUCAGAAUGAAAUACCACUUGUGCCAGUUUGAAAGAAAAAAAAUUGUUAAACUGCCAUUAGCAUCUUUACUCUAGAUACAUCGAAGAUAUCUUUAUUAAGUUUACUAUUUUGUUGUAAUUUAUAUUUUAUGAAAGAAUUCUUUUGACAAAGUUAUCAACGUAUGUCCUUUAAAAUUACACGUUCCGUAAGUAAAUGUACAUAUAAAACGUAACAAAUUUUAAAGGACAACAUACAAAACAGUGUCUUCCAUAUUAUUCGAAUACAUUUUUCCCUUUUACGUUUCGACUCUAUGUCUGGAGAGUUGAUUUUCUUUAUUUAUUGUUUUAAUACUUUACAGUCUCGAUACAAGUUAUGUCAUUUACCUUUCAACAUUGUAAAUUUGUAAAGCAUUCCAUAAAAUGUGUUUUUAAGGGGGUGACUAGUCAUUAAGAAAUACUAUAUUAAAAUUAAAUUAUUUCAAGUAAAACAAAGUUUACUGUUAGCUUAUAAAGGCAUGUUUAUAUAUACUUUAUAUGUGUAAAAUUAUAUUUUUUUGGGAAUUAAGAAAGAAUACCUACAAAAUAAUUCAAAUAUCUUUUAG